CACUUCCGUCGGCCACUGCAGCCAGAGCAUAAAGUAUGAAAUGUAGGAAUGGAUUUUCGCCCCAGAAAGGCGAAAGAAAAAAACAAAAGAAGCGCAACAAUUUCCUGUUUAAGGUUGUGGUUUGGAACGAGGGGGGGAAAACAGACUGUUAAAAACAGUAAUAUGUACACUAAAAGAGAAAAAGACAAAAAUAGCGAUGGAGGAUCGCAAAGACCAGGGAAGUUUGUUUGUGUAUGUGCGUGCAUGCGAGAGAGAGAGAGAGAGAGAGAGGGAGCGUGCAAGUGCGUUAUUUUGCGUGCAGUGUGUGCCUCAAGUCGGAAAGUACUGUGGAGACAGACCUUUGGCAGGGCUCCCAGAACUGCCCAUGGUGUGGAUGGGCGGAGCUGCAAGCAUGCGCUGAGCUGGCAAACCCCGGGCUGGGCGCGAGGCAAGGGAAACACGGGCUGGCUCGGGUCCGGGUCCUGCCUGCGUUUAGACGGCCGUGGGGAGACCACCGCACCACUCACGUCCCCUCCUGUCGGCUUAAGGCGAGAGAGAGAGCGUGAGUGAGCGAGAGAGAGAGCUGUGACUCUGGACCGAUAGCGGAGACUGAACCGAGACUAGCUGGAAACGAAGCAAAGACGUGGACCCCCUCCCUCGCCACCUCCCUCUCUGUCUCUCAGCGCGCCCCCUCCAACCUCCCGAAGGACGACCACCCAUUGAAAAGCCACUUGACCGGCGUCGCCAGUAAGCGAUGCACCUUGAAGACUAGAAGAAAUCUCAGACGUAGAAAAUUUAGCAGUCAUGAUAUGCAUUUUUUUUUGUCUUUUGACGUUUUUAUCGCCGUCGAAUUUCGAGUUUUUCAUGUGUGUAGAAUAUCAAGUUUACAUUCCUAACGGGUUUCACAAGGCGUACAAAGGAUAAUCCUUAUUCGCUGGAAACUGACACCAAUUAUUUGGGCUUUAUUUUUAUACAGAAUAAAUCGUGAAACGGAUGUCUUUUGCGUGCGUCUUCUGCUUCUCGAUUUUCCGUCUUCUGUCUGGGUAUAUCGACGAUGGUGUGGCAGUCAAAUGCUGAACUCUGCACUUGAAGUACCCGUGUCUACGUGUUUUCCCUGCAUAAGAAAUAUUACGACUGCUUCUAAAGACAGCAAACGAUUUCCCCUCCGACCCCAACUGAAGCGGAUAAAGGGAAAGUUGAACCCGAGACGAAAGACUUCUAAUUUCGGCCACGUCUAAAAGACGGGAUUUCCCCAAAGGUGGGCAGAGCCUGGGCCGCGUAGGCAGCCAUGCUGUCUCUGGACGAACCGCUGGACCUGAAACUCCCUCAGGGGCGGGACCGGGCGUGGAGAACCGCCCCCUCUAUCUGCGCCCCUCUGAAUGCCGCUCGCACCCGGCAGCCCCGAACGACCCACGACGGAGCGCCGACCGGCACCCCAUCCCGUCUGGUUUCCUCCCACACAGGUGUGUCUCCACACCCCCCGGACAGGCCGGAGUCCCUGACCCCCCCGGCUGUGGACCUCAGCCUCUCCCCCUCCUCCCGUCAUGCCCCCUCCCCCUCGGAGCUGUCCGACGGCAGCGGGACCUCCUCCGUCCCGUCCCGGGAUUCCGGGCAAAUCCGUUAUAUGGAGGGCGGAGUCUCGCCACAGCCCCUCCAGUUCUACCUUCCAAUUGGGGGAGGGGGCGGGUUCCACCUGCCGUCCUCUAUGUUCAUUGGCCCGCCCAAAGACAAGCAGGCUGCUACUGAAAUUUCAAUGGACGAGCAACUAGCCUGUCGCUGGAUGAAGUGCCACCUGCUCUUUCACUCUCUGCAGGACCUGGUGGACCAUGUCAACGAUUUCCAUGUCAAGCCUGAAAAGAAUUCUGGGUACUGCUGCCUGUGGGAAGGGUGUGCUCGCAAUGGGAGGGGUUUCAACGCCAGGUAUAAGAUGCUGAUCCACAUCCGCACUCACACCAAUGAGAAACCGCACCGCUGCCCCACCUGCAGUAAGAGCUUCUCCCGCCUGGAGAACCUGAAGAUACACACCCGCUCACACACAGGAGAGAAGCCGUACAUCUGUCCGUACGAGGGCUGCAGCAAGCGCUACUCCAACUCCAGCGACCGCUUCAAGCACACGCGCACGCACUACGUGGACAAGCCGUACUGCUGCAAGAUGGCGGGCUGCCUCAAGCGCUACACGGACCCCAGCUCCCUGCGCAAGCACAUCAAGGCGCACGGGCACGCCGUGGCCCCCGACCACGCCCCUCACGAUGGGCUUGGGGGGGCGUGGCUGAAGGCUGGGGGUGUGGCCAACCUGGGGGCGGAGCUUCCUUACGUCAGCGGGGCCCGCAUUGUCAUCCCGGGGGCGGCGGCUGCGCUCCUCGGGGGCCACGCCUUGCAGGGCCUGGGCGGCCUGCCCCUGUCCAUCCUGGGGCCCCGGCCCCUGGACCUGAGCGCCGGGGGCCCCUUCCUCUCCUUCAACGGGGUGCCGCUGGGCGUGGCCAAGUCACCGCUCCUGUCCCCGGCGUUCGCCGCUUCCGCCGCGGGCCGGGGGAGGCGGGGCCACGGCUGGGACGGGCGGGGCAAGGCCGGGGAGCGGGAGGGGAGCGAGGACGGGGACGGGGACGGGGAGGGGAUGGAGGGGCUCCAGGGGGCCGUGCUGAACCUGUCGGCAGGGGGGGGCCACGGCCCCCUGUCCUGGGUGGUCAUACCGCCGGCCCCGGUGGCGAUGAAGCCCGCUGUGGUCAACUGAAGCAGGGGGAGGGGGGGUCCGGGGGCAGGGGGCAGGGGUGGGACUGACGGCGUGUGGUUGAAAUUCAAAUUCAUUACAAACUGACGGUUGAUUUUUUUCAAUGAAUUACUCAGACAGCAGCGUGGGGCUGUGGUUGCCACUGAGAGAAUCGGUCCGAUGUCGCCUCACAAGAUUGAAAACCCCUGCCAUGUCCGUUUUAUUUAUUUCUUGGUUUUUUUUUACUGCUUUGUUGGCACAGCGCGAAACGUGACCUUUUUCAAAUCGACAAUCCGUGCCCGUGGCAGGCUGGCUGAAGGAAGGCAUCUCGAAAUGUCACAGAGAACGCCGCAGUCGCUUCGAAGACACGCCGGUAAUUCCCGUUAAAUCUGCCGCGCCUCCUGCGCUCAAAAGAGAGCUCAUCCGUUUAGAAUGGCGUGCAAACCCAGGGAAGCUUCGGGCAGCGUGUCUGAGGCCAGCCAAUGCGCUGACCGCAGAGAACACUGACUCCAAACAAACUCCUGCCAGCGGACAACGUGCUACACAACGCUCUCACCUCGUUACAACAAACCCGAGCUUGUGCUCAAAUUUACUGUUCUGAGGGGAACAGUAUGUGCUCAAAUUUAUACAAAACUUUACUCUAAGUGUCUGUGCUAAGUAAGCACGUCACUUACGAUCAAUACAGAAUAUAUAUGUAUAUUUUAUUUUAACAGAGAAUUUUGUUUACAGCAUAUGGUUAAACCUUAACAUAAUUCUGGACAGUAUUCCAAAUUAAUUUACAAAUUCAUUACAAGUAAAACAAAUGUUGCAACAGCUCAUCCACUCACCAUUAAGGCGAGUCACAUUUCUGUUAGGAAAUACGUCUAAUAUUCUGUGCGACCUUUAGUUUAACCUUUACUGAUUAACUUCUAUUGAUCCCAUGAUCUUAUCACAGGUCUCCCCUUAGGGUUCGUCUCAAUACUUUUGACUCUUUACCUCCUUCCCUCCAUCACCCCACUACCACUUGUCUCCUCCCUGGAGGUAUGUGGAGGAAACGAGGUAAGGAGACGAGUUUGAAACCGCUUCGCUAACGUGCUUCGCUCGUCUCCUCCAAUACUGGGACACUGGAGGGAGGGAGAACACAAAGGAGGCGACAAGGCUGUGGAGGAAAGGAGGAUACAUUUUUUGAGUACUGGGACUCUCUGUAUCUUCCGUCUUUUAGUUCCAGUUCAGGACGCCUCCUUCAGCGAUCGUUAAACCCCAGUGCCCCCUGGUGAACGUUUCGCAUAUUGCAGACCAUAUGGUGACCGACAACAUAAAUGCCAUUUCAACUUUGAGAGGGGAUAAAAAACAGGAAAUAUUCUUUAGGAUUUAAAAAAUAUUUUUUUUUGGUGGGGGGGCCAGGGUACACUUACAGUACCGUUGGGGGGGACAUGCCCCGUGUUCUCUGCGUUCGUGAUGGUUACUUUAUUGCUGCUCAGUUUUGCCAUGUGUACAUGGACUACCACACAACAGUUCUGCAUUUGAACAAGAGUCUGCAGCUCCAAGACUAUUUUUUCUUCUGAAACAGUCUUUUUUGACUAGAGCCAAACUCAAGUAAACAAGUCAGUUUAAAAUAACAAAAAUUAAAGUAUAAAAUAAGCACUCUAGAGGACAGAACUUAUUUAAUAUACCUCACAUCACAGACCUGCUGCCUGACUCUUCUGGCAGUUGUGAGAACACUGUUGCUGUUUAGUUCCGGCUCAUUUUAAGGUCAGUGCUAUGCUAUGCGUAGCAAACGCCAGUGAUACUGCAUUUGGAGUUCCAAUGGGAAUCCUCAGCAACACACAAAGUAAACCACUCCACAGGUAACUGGAGUACAUUCUUUGGGGUUUCCAGUGCUAGCUGCAUAUCGAGGCUAUCCCACACAGGUCUGUUCCUCCCAAGGUCUCUCUCCACCAUUUGCACAAUGAGUUACAGUGACUGGACCGUUCAACCAUGCCACCAUUGGGCUUUUCAGCGAUGCUCAGCUGAGCUCUGCUACGCUAAAAAGGAAGUCCCGUUUGCCAGUUAACAUCAGCACAUUUUAUUUAAUGUUUCAGUUGUUGUGUGGAGUUUAUAAAAACAAAAAUAAAACAGCUUUGACAUGCACUUUCUCCAUGAGUGAUGAAGCAACAGACUACCGUUUGGCUGGACUUGGAUAACGUUUGACAACGGACCUUCCCUUCAGUAUUACACUUUAGCUCAGGCAGGUCAAUGGCCACCUUCUUCUUUAGGCCCUGGAAGGAACCGUGCCUGCCUGUGGCGCUGACGUGAUGUCAUGGAACACUGAUGCUGAAAGGUGACAUGGCAGGAAGGCGGAGCCUCACUGUGGGAGUUUGAGGAGAGGAAGACAGGGUGGAAGAGGAGGUGGGACUGGAGAGAGAGUUUUUUUUCCCACGCAAGGGACAUUCCCUACAGAGACAAAAAAACAAAACAACUCUCUCUCCACUGCCUUUACUUCUAUAAUCACCAUUUUGCUUAUCAUUAAUACAUGUCUUUUUAUUUUUUUUUAAAGAAAUGACUAUGAUUAUUGCUGUUUUUUCUUUUCUUUUUCUUUUGACGAGACAUUUUGUGAUGUUGAAGUUGACUCCUUCCCCAUGUGUCCUCUGUUGCUGCUCUGAGUUUGGCUUUCUCCCAGAGGAGGGGUCGUGGGAUGGGACCUGCGGCCUUCUUUCGACCAAUAGGAGGCCUGGCGUCCCGCUUUGCUCCUCCUCAGUGCUGCCCGUUACAGUGUGUGGUUGUGUACCAAACUGAGAUAAACAGAACAGAUAUCUCUGUUCCAGUGUGUGGUUCUGUACCAAACUGAGAUAAACAGCACAGAUAUCUCUGUUCCAGUGUGUGGUUCUGUACCAAACUGAGAUAAACAGCACAGAUAUCUCUGUUCCAGUGUGUGGUUCUGUACCAGACUGAGAUAGACAGCACAGAUAUCUCUGUUCCAGUGUGUGGUUCUGUACCAAACUGUUAAACAGCACAGAUAUCUCUGUUCCAGUGCGUGGUUCUGUUCAAGACUGAGAUAAACAGCACAGAUAUCUGUGUGCCCUCCUAGCAGGCGCCAGACCGCUGGGUCUUCAGAUAACAUUCUGCCCCUGCAGAAUUCCCCAUUCCGCCGCCCCCCUUUGGAGCAGAAAGCCACCAAUGACAUGGAUUCUCACAGAAUCCACACCUUUAACAUUUUUAAAAAAUAUAUAUUUUAUAUUGUAUUUUAUUAUUUUAAUUGAACAUUUGAAGCAUUGACUUUUUUUGGCAUUCUGUAUGUGAAAAAACAUAAUUAUUUUCUCAGCCAAACAGGUGCUGCUAACCUCUGUCAUAACAGGAUAUGAAUUCCUUACUGUACAGUGGGUAAAAGCUAACAGUCUUUAUCCCUGACAGGUUAGAUGUCGCUGUCUUGGAGGACCAAACUCGAAACGACUUUCCGUUUUCAACUGGCAUGUGCUCACAAUAACCUGCUGACUUUAAUUCCCAGAGGAGUCCAAUGUACUCUUAUAGUGAAAUGUACAUGAUCAGAGCUGCUUGCUGACAGUUUUACUGUGUAGUGAACAUAAAAUCUAAGUAUCCUGUCACAGCUCCUAUGUCUAAAUGAAGAAGAAAAAAAAAACGGUACAAUUUCCCCUCCCCCUGAGUGUAUGGUUUUAAAGAGACAUUUUAAUUGAAAUGUUGUGAGUUCAAAUAUAAAUUCAUUUUGAACGAAGGAAUGUUUUUGGAGCGAGACAGCAGAAACAGUAGAGAAGGAGACCAUUGUUAAUUAGACCUCUGGAGUCCUUCAGAAAGAACGAUACUGUUAGCGUUGUGCAACAGUGACACAUAAGGGGUUAAUGCUAGACUAAGGAUCUGAAAGGACUGUAUUCAUUUAUUUUCACAUUUCCUUUGCACAUUGAGAUGUUUUAAUGUCAGCAUUUUUAACAGUUCCAAGUGCCUUUUAUAAUAGGGUAAAUGUAGAUGAUACGCUAUAUAAAAUAUGAAUAUGAAAAUAUAUAAAUGUAUGUAUAUUUUCCUGCUCCAUGUUCUCACACUGAACAUGCAGAAUUUUAGUUGUAAAAGAUGUCUUUAUUGGUACAAUGCAGACGAGUGCUCCUGUUUUAAAGGACGUUUAUGACGAGGAUGACGAUUAUGUUAUUGGAAAGGAGAGUUAAGAAUUUAAUAAAAGUUGCAUUUGAUA